AUGGAUGAGAAAUUAACAACAAUAUCUACUUCUCCUGAUUCAAUAUUAUCAGAAUUUUCAUCGCAUGAUUCUAUUGGUAGCAAUAGUACUGUUUCUUCUUUAUCUACCAUGUCAGUACUUCCACCACUUCGUUCAUCAUUUACAAUGGCUAACAUCAAUAAUAUUACAAAUUUCAAUGACGAUCAGAGUUUUUUUCUCGAUGAUUUCAAUUCAGAACGAUUUUCUACAGUAUCCCGAUGGCAAUCGGAUGCCGAAAAUCUGAAUCUUCAGUCCAAUUCUUCAAUUCCACAACCAUCUUCAAAAUCGACUUAUCUUAUCAAUGAUUUUCUAACCAAUAGAAAUAUGACUUCAUCAUCUAUAACUGAUGUAUUAAUCUCACCAAUGUCUCGUUUAUCGACAUCAUCAUCAAUUAUGUCAUUUAAUAGUAUUGGUAAUCAUAAAACGACUAAUCAACGAUCGUUUCGAUCAGAAUUUAAAAAUUCAACUGAACAAUUAACUAUGUCAAAUGGAAAUAUAUUUCCUUCGGCAUCUUCAUUCUUGCCAUUACCAACACCAUUAUCAAAUCGUCAAACACUUUCAUCCAUCGAAAAUAUUCCAUCAACUAUGGCAGAUAGUGAUCUUCAACGAGUACCACAUUCAUGGGUACUCAUGUCAUCAACAUUACCCAGUUAUGAAACGGGUCCUAUUGUUCAACAACAACUACCGGCGCCACAACUAAUUCAUAGUGCAAAUCGAUCGAAUUCAAUGCCAUCUUGGCGUGGUUAUUUACCCAUGAAAUUCGAACCCAUGUUAAUGGAUCAAUAUCAAAUGACAAGUAAUUUCUCACAAAAAGUAUUUCUCGGUGGUAUUCCUACUGAACUUACUGAAGCUGAACUUUUGCUUAUUUUACGAAAAUUUGGCAAAUGUAAUAUUAAAUGGCCAAAAAACGAUGGAAUCAAUCACAACAUGCCCGGUUUUUGUCAUGUAGUAUUUCGUGAAUCACGUUCUGUAUGUGAACUUCUUAAACAUUGUAUUCGACAACAACAUUCAACAAUUGAUUAUUUUCUUCAUAUUCAUAUGACAACAUCAUCAUCAUCAUCAUCAAUUGAUUUAUCUAUGCGUACAAAUCGAUUAAAACCAAUUCAAGUUGUACCAUGGAAUGUAAGAGAUAAUGUAUAUAUCAUGCAAAAAUUUGAUACAUCAAAUGGUGAUAUAAUAUUCAAAGAUUGGUCACGUACAAUAUUUAUAUCACCAUUACAUGGUAAAAUGACAGCAUUUAGUUUAGCUACAAUUAUGUCAAAUGUAUUUGGAUCAGUAUCAAUGGCUCAAAUAAAUACAGAUAAAUAUGGAUAUCCAACAGGUACUGGUACAGUAUUAUUUUCGGAUUCACAUAGUUAUAUGCGUGCAGUAGCUGCUAGUUCUAUUGAUAUUAAAUGUGAUUGUUUUCAUAAAUUGCUUGAUAUUGAUCCAUUUUUACGUGAAAAUGAACCUUGUGCAUUUUGUUCAGCAAUUGCUGAUUUAUUUUGUCGAAAUUUUCAUUGUUUAAGAUCUUAUUGUAAACAAUGUUGGGUAAAUAAACAUGGACCAAAACCACUUGCUGAUCAUCAACCAACAACACGACGACAACAACCGUUACCUCAUAUAUAA